AUGCUGGCAGUGCGGCGCCGCGGAUGGCUCGGCGCGCGGCUGCAGAGCGCAGUCUCUAGACGUCCCCAGUCAAUUCUUCGAAGCUUAUCGUCUUCACCAACAUCUCUUCUAUCUGAUGCAACAAACUCGGCUUCUGAAACCAACAUCAGACCCCAGAAUCCUGGGUCUUUCGCAUCGCUUGCCCGCACUUUUUCAGCCAUUGAGGAGGUGAAGAGUUCCCGUGCGGCCAGCGUCCAGCUGCUAGCCGAUGGUUAUCGCGAGCUUUUGGCUCUUCCAACGUCGCAGGAGCUGGCGAGCGCCUUGUACCUCACUGCGUCGCAGCUGGCGCCGCCCUACGAAGGGGUGGAGCUGCGAUUCGGAGCCAAAAGCUUCGUGCGGUUCUUGAAACAAUUGGAGGCGGAGACGGAGAAGGAUUCAGAGCCUCAACAGACGCUGGAGAAGCUGCUGGCGACGUUCCCGGACUACGGACAGGCCACGCAGGCGCUGCUGGACACUGGGCGGAUUCUGGUGCCCGAGGUGGAAGAAGAGCAAGGAGAGUCACUCAGUGUGACGGAUGUGCAUGACCAGUUGAUGGCAAUCGCCAAGGACGAAGGAACUGGUGGCGUUGCGAGGAAGCAGCAACUUGCGCUGAAGUUGCUACAACAAUGCAGGUAG